CCGCCCUGCCUCGUGCACACGUACGUUGCGAUGAUAACGUGUACGUACACUCCCACAUGUCCCUGUUUCAUCAUCAGCUGAGCUCCUUUUCCUCCACUCAUAGCUCUCGUCCCCUCCCUCUCUGGCUCCCUCCCCUCUGCCUCUCUCUUCACUCUUCCUCCUUUUCCUUCUAUCCAUCUCUCUCCUCUUCUCUCCCUGGGUCUCAGCCACAUGCGAGAGGCUUCAGCUCUGAACGAAGGAAAAAAAGCGAGGGGAAAAAGGCUCUGCUGCUAUUUCUACAGGCGGGCCCUCCCCUUUAGCUCGUCUGUUCCAAAAGAGGGAGGGAUUUUUCCCUAGUCCCAGUUCGAGGAUUUUAACCCUCUGCCUGCUCUCACUCCUCUCUGCAAGAUCCGUUCUUCACUAUCAUGCAACAAGUGGCUCUGCUCUAAACCCUUCUACUACAUGGCUGAAGCAUUCAUGAAGAGAUUUUUCAGAAGCUGUGUGUUUUCACACACGUUUGCUUCAAUUUUUUUCCUCCUUCUGGAUUCACAGAUGAAAUCUGGACAUGAAGAUGUGCUUCCUUCCUUUUCUGAGCACGUGUUUCUUGCCUCCUUUUCUCCCUGAAGCCGAGGACGAAGGAAUGAUAUUUGGGCAUGCAGCUUCUGAUGAGUCCGGUACAGUAAAUGGUGACGAUUUUGGUCAUUUACCUGGGAUCGCUGGGCUCCGUGGGGUCUCCCAGCUGCUUCAAAGUGGUCGUUCAGAAGGAACCUUCGGAAGAGGCGAGCUGAUGGAGCGCACAGACUCGACACCACAGAGGGGAAGUGAAAUGACUCAGUGACACGUAGGAAAUAUUGGCUGCUUAAAAAAAAACAUAAAUACCAAACUCUGAUUUUGUUCUCACCUCAAAAUCAAAAUAUUAAAAAAAUCAGGUUCAUGUUUACUGAAAAUGUUCUGUAGCUGUUUUACUAUUAUUAUUUUACUUUAGGGUAACUCAACAUCGUCAUUAUGCUGUUUAAAUUUGAAUGUUUGUUUUAAUUUUCCACAGGUCAAAGGUCAGCUGCAGCAGAUAUACUGUCCUUUGGGGUGAGGUAGUAGGUUGUAUAGUUUUAGGGUCAUUCCCAAGCUGUCAGAUGACUAUACAACUUACUGUCUUUCCUGAAGUGACCGUGAUAGCAUCCUCCUCCUCCUCCUCCUCCUCAUCAUCAUCAUCACCAUUGUUUUCCCAAAAGGAGAAACAACUCUCAUGUUUGUUUUAUUUAAAUAAAUGUUUCUGAGCAGAAGUCAGCAGUGGCAUAGCCUACUAAGGUAGAAAUAUGCAAGACGAACUCCAAGGCACUCUCAAAUAGAAAACGUUAAAAAGCCUUUAUUGUAAUAAAGGCUUUUUAACUAACCUGAGAGUGCCUUGGAGUUCCUCUUGCUUUUUUCUACUGAAUUUUCCCAUCCAACGAGCACCUCAAACAAACUUAUGUUGAGUCCAGGAAGCAAUCCUUGAUAAGUUUUUUUAAGCCUACUUUGGUAGUUUUCGUGCUUUAAUGUGAUUGUUGACAUUUAUGUUUUAAACACUGUGCCAAGAGCUGGUUUGGACGUCCUCCAGACGUGGUCUGGACCAACGGACUCAAUAUAGACAUGAUCUGCAUGUCCAUGCGACGUUGACUGUUUUCAGGGUUAUUUGUUUGCUAAAUCUUUGUCACCACUCAUUGAGUGGCUUUUAGUGAAAAUUUAAGAAUGUUUUUGUGUUUUUGUUCUAAUUGUUGACACUGUUCUGUGAGCUUUAAAGGACGUGUACCACAGGAACUAUCUGUCUUUUGUAAUAAUGAAGCAGUUUUAAUUUUCUUCAUGGAUUAAUUCCAAAUGCCUGUUUAGCUCCACGACUUGUGUCGACACCCUGCAGUGACUCAUGGUGUUCGUACAGGGUGAGGUAGUAGGUUGUGUGGUUUCAGGGUUGUGAUUUUACCCCAUCAGGAGCUAACUAUACAACCUACUGCCUUCCCUGGAGGGCAGCAAUACAUCACAGACGCAAACAACCAGGAAAAUCUCUGUAACAAGCCUGACACAGAACUGUCUACUGUUUUUUCUAAUUGCUUAAAGGGUAAGUGCUGCUAUUUAUAUAGAUUUUUCAUGAAAAUAAUUUGAUAGAUUUCUGCACCAUGCCAUACUUGUUUAUCCUCAGUUAAAAUAAACACUGGAUGAGAAAUAUUGUCAAAGUGAAGAGUGGAGGCUCUUUUUUUAUUUGAGUGUAACAAUAAACUCAAUUAUUGGAAUUUUCCCUUUGAAAUGCUGAUUAAUUUAUCCCUUUAUUUAAUUUAAUAUACAGUAAAUAAUCUAAUAGAACGCUAAAGCUUAUUUUAAUCUGUUUUGAAAGGUUUUUGUAGAGCAUGUGUGACAGUAACUCAACACUUUAUUUAACCAGAUGAGUCUAUUGAGAACUCAGUCUCAUUUACGACGACGAUCUGGCCAACACAAAAUUAAGUAGUUUUAUAAACAUGCUGGUGAAGGAUCUCAGUCAUCCAGGUCAUGGUAAUCCAAGGGGCUUCAAAUGAAGGCAACUGGACUUCUUUGGUUUCUUGAAGCCGUCAAUGGACACAAACUUAAAGCUCCUUGGAUGAGACAAGGUUGACAAAGCUUCCCAGAUGAGAAGCAAAACGUCUUCAAGAAACCAAAGAAGUCCAGUUGCCUUCAUUCAAACCUCUUUGGGUAAAAAAAAACAACUAAUAAGAAUUCAAAUCAAGGAUCAAAUCUUGUGGAAUGAUCACUUUUUCCAAAAAAAAUUCAAAUCAGAUAUUUUUAUUAAAAGGACGAAUGGCUGGAUCACAGAUGAAUGGAGCAGCAACCUUAGUAUCUAAUGGUGGAAGACACCAGGGGAGAAAUAUUGGUCACCUGCCAUUCAUCUAAUUACAGUAGAUGGCGCCAGACAUGAGGUGAGUGGUGAUUCAGGAUUUGUGGCACUUUUUGCCAAAUCUAUUUUACAAGUACAAAGUUAUGAAGAAUUUAGUUAUAAAAGUACUGACAUAUCGGUGAUGAAGACAAAGAAAAUACAAUGUGACUCACUUUUCAAUGAUAAGAUAUGCUCGGUAUGUUGUUUUUGUGGAGAUAACUCAGGUAAAUACCAUUGACGUGGUCAUGGCAAGAAGCAGCAAAGAUAUGAUUAAACAUGUGUUUUAAAGGAGACCAAAACAUUAAUGAUUAGUCGGUCCUCGUGAUAAGUGACGUGUUUUACAGAUUCAGCUCAGUUUCCAUUCAAUCCGCAGCGUCCAAAAUAACCAGUCAGUAGAGGGUGGAGUUCUGAUCCGCGCGGUGUGAUUGGCUGUUGCUGUAGGUGUGUCCGGAGGUGUGUACGUCACGUACGUGUGUCGACGUCCUUUCCCCGCGUGACUUCCUGCGGAGGACGAACGCAUCUUGUGACGGCAGCUGGGAGGGAGCAGGCGGGCGACGCGUCAAGGACUUUGACGGAGCCGGUGUCCUCCAAGCACCACAACACCCCCUUUCUCCUCUGGUGUCCGACUCAGACAUUCACCCCGAACUGAAAAUGCUCCAAAUUGCAGACUCUGAGUCUGGUGAGUGAGGGGUUGUCUCCAAAGAUUGGAUCCCUGAUCUCUACCAUGGCAGCAGAUCUUUACAGCCCCCCAUCGCCACUAGGGGAUUCCCUGCUGGACAGUCCACUUUGUGGAGACCUGAUAGAGGAUCUUCCUGGCAUCUCUCGGUCAAUAGCAGAUGACUCACUGGAAUUUGAUUUCCCGGACUACCAAAGUCCUGGCUCAGUGUCCAAGAGCUCCAUCACACUGGACACCUUGACCCCUGCGUCCAGUCCAUUAUCUGGGGUCUGUGGAGUGGAGCUUGGCCCAAAUGAGAACACAAGCAUCCUCAACCUUGAGUGCCGAGUUUGCUCAGACAAAGCUUCAGGCUUUCACUACGGGGUUCACGCAUGUGAGGGCUGCAAGGGUUUCUUUCGGAGAACCAUCCGGCUGAAGCUGGAGUACGAUAAGUGUGAGCGCAACUGUAAAAUUCUGAAGAAGAACCGAAACAAGUGCCAGUUCUGCAGAUUCCAGAAAUGUCUCUCUGUUGGGAUGUCCCAUAAUGCCAUCCGGUUUGGUCGGAUGCCCCAUGCAGAGAAGCUGAAGCUCAAAGAAGAGAGUAAAGUGGUGGAGAAGGGAGUGGACAGCCCUGUGGAGCCUGAUCACAAGGUCCUUGUCAAGCAGAUCCAUGAAGCCUACGUCAAGAACUUCCACAUGAGCAAGGCGCAAGCACGUCUCAUACUAACUGGGAAAACCAGCAAUCCGCAGCCUUUUGUCAUUCACGACAUGGAGACAUUCCAGCUGGCUGAGAGGACGUUGGCAGUCCACAUGGUUAAGGGUGAGUGUUUGGACCCUGAGAGGGACCUUCAAGCUGGACUGGUGAUUUCCCCUUUGGUCUGUGAGGAGCUCCAGCAGAGGAAGGCUGAAGCCAGACUCUUCCACUGCUGCCAGAGUACAUCAGUGGAGACGGUCACGGAGCUGACGGAGUUCGCCAAAGCUGUUCCAGGCUUCCAGAGUUUAGACUUGAAUGAUCAGGUGACUCUCCUAAAAUAUGCUGUUUAUGAAGUCCUUUUCACCCUUCUGGCGUCAUGUAUGAACAAAGAUGGCCUCCUUGUGGCACGUGGUGGAGGAUUCAUCACCCGUGAGUUCCUCAAAAGCCUCCGGCGCCCGUUGAGCGACAUGAUGGAACCGAAAUUCCAGUUUGCAACAAGGUUCAACUCAUUAGACCUGGACGAUAGUGAUCUGGCCAUUUUUGUGGCUGCUAUUAUCUGCUGUGGAGACCGUCCAGGGUUGGUGGAUGUGCCCAAGGUGGAGAAGCUUCAGGAGAACAUUGUCCAAGCACUGCGAUGCCACCUGCUGGCCAACCACCCAGAUGACACCUUCCUCUUCCCCAGACUCCUGCAGAAACUGGCUGACCUCCGUGAGUUGGUCACAGAGCAUGCGCAGUUGGUUCAGGAAAUCAAGACGACAGAGGACACGUCGCUGCACCCACUCUUGCAAGAAAUAUACAAAGACAUGUACUGACAAACUGGAGCUAACGUCUAGUUUAGGGUGAAAGGCAGCUCAUGUUGCUCUUGUUGAGAUGUUUUAUUAAAUGUGCCACUCUCUGCCAACAGCAGUCAUAAACGCCAUAUUUGAAAAAAAUAUGUGCACAUGCAUGCUAAUAAUCUAAAAUGACAGAUGUAUGCACUGAAUGUUCUUUAAACUCAUGAGCGCAUCGUUGGAUGUGAUAAAAAUUCUUCUGCGUUUUGUUGUAUCAGGUUAUUCAGAUGAUCAAAUCUUUUAUCAUUUUCAGGCCAGAAUUUUAUGAAAGACCUGAAUCUGUGCCAUAAAUUAGAAUUUCUUGUUAUGAAUUUUGUGUAGAAAAAAUAUUGCCUGAAUUUAUUUUAAUCCUAUAUUAUAUUUGAAAGCCAUUGCAUAAUUUUUACCUUUCCUUAAUGUUUUUUGCUUUUUUAUACUGUUAUCACUGGCCAGUAUUAAAUGUCAGAGAUGCGUUAAACUUUUGUUUGUAGAUUUAACAAGCAGUUGAAGAGCAAUGAAAGGGAUUUGUGAAUCUCACAAUGUGACACAACCAAAGGAGGAUUUUGAAGCUAAAUUGUCUGUGUUUUGAUUAUAAAACAGAAAUUCAUAUCAUUAUAAAUACUGUAUAUAUAUUUAUAUUGUGUAUAAUACAACACAGUAUAUUUACAGUUGUUUUCAGUGAAAUAAAUAAUAUGAAUAGCCAAGUUAAUAUAUAUUAGUUUGAUCUGCAGUGCUGUGAUUUACCUACAAAAUGAGGAUAGUUAUUUUAAUUUGUUUAACUGGAUUGUAUAUUAAAACUAUUUGAAGCUUU